AUGAAUACAAAAAUCCCCUCGCCAACCGCCCCCAUGCCAACCGUCACCGAGACAGCCGUCACCGAGACAACCAUCACCGAGAAAACCGUCGCCAUGACAAACGUAGCCAUGCCUACCGUCCCCACUCCAACCAUCGCUGAGACAACGGUCGCCGAGACAACCGUCCCCACGCCAACCAUCCCCACGCCAACAGUCAGCAAGAGAACCGUCCCCAAGCCAACCUUCGCUGAGACAACAAUUCCGUUAUGA